GCGCAUUUUAAAAGGGCUUCGUGUCGGGAAGAUGUUUGGGGCAGCGACAUUUCAAGGUUCCCUCACUGGAUUUUUAUCGGGACGCAGCAUGUUGGAUAUGGAGUGGAUUUCGCAUCAUGCUUUGGGGAAUGUGUGGAUGGACCUGUGUGUCAGUGACCUAAAUGCGCCCCGGAGGUGUUCCAAGGAAGGCUUAGGAUGCACCUGCACUGGGGUACCUUUCCGUUAUCUGCCAUGGUUUCUUUCCAGAAUACAAACUACCAGGGCCCUGGUUACGUGGACAGUGAGGAUCACGCUCCGGACUGGACUUUCAGGGACAAGACGCAGAGUGGAAGUGAAGUGGACACAGCGGUGAUGGCCACUGACAGAAAUCACGAGAUCCAGUCGUGUGAGCGCAGGCCUCUCCCGCAGCCCUCGAUCUGCCCUCGCGUGCCACAAUGAAACAAACGACAAAAGAGAGGCCGGUGCAAAUAGUUAAUGAUUAAGCGGUGAUGAGGAGCUCCUUUAUGUGCCGUGGGCUGGUGCAGUGGUCAGCGCUCCUCUCCCUCCUCUGAAGCAGAUAAUAGCAGAUUUUAAAGGUUCACCCGAGGAGGCCAUUGGCGGAGAGGCGUCACGUGACCACGGGGUGCCAAUGUUAUUCUACAAGGGUGUCAAGACCCUGUCAGUUUCGGAAAUAAAUAUUGGGAAACGGCGAGAUGCAAAAGGCAACCUACUACGACAGCUCCGCGAUUUACAGUGGCUACCCAUAUCAAAGCGCAAAUGGCUACGGUUAUGACGCCAAUCAGGGCCAAUAUCCCCGGGCCUCUCAUGUGGAAAGUGAGUACCAUCGACCCGCCUGCUCCCUGCAGUCUCCCGACGGCUCCGUGGCGCUGCACAAGCCGGGAGACAUGGCGGAGAGCUGCGACAGGAGCGCGGUCAUCCAGGCGGCACAGGCCAAGGUCCAUCCCGAAAGCAAUCAAGCGCAGGGCCCCGUGUCAGCCGCUCCACCGCUGCCGAGCCACGCACCACCACCGCCUCAGCAGCAACAGCAGCCCCCCACCGCCCCCUCACACUCUCCCGGCGACGUCAGCCAAAGCACAAGCAACGGGCCCAGCUCUGGAGCCGCUCAGGGCAGUGCCAAAGCUGGGUCGCCCUCCUCCUCCUCCUCCUCCCGUAAACACAUCUUCCCCUGGAUGAAGGAGACACGGCAGAACACCAAGCAGAAGAUCACCACGAGUUCCAGCUCAGUAGAGAGCUGUCCCGGAGACAAGAGCCCGCCCGGGUCGGCUGCCUCCAAAAGGGCCCGGACCGCGUACACGAGCGCGCAGCUGGUGGAGCUGGAGAAGGAGUUCCACUUUAACCGCUACCUGUGCCGGCCGCGGCGCGUGGAGAUGGCCAAUCUACUCAAUCUGACUGAGAGACAGAUCAAAAUCUGGUUUCAGAACCGCAGGAUGAAAUACAAGAAGGACCAGAAGGGCGUGGGUAUGAUGCCCUCUCCAGGGGCGCAGUCCCCUCGGAGCCCUGUGGGCGCUCCGGGUGCGGGGAACGGAGGAGGCGGUGGGUACCUCAGCUCUAUGCAUUCUUUAGUAAACAGUGUUCCUUAUGAGUCCCAAUCGUCACCGUCCUACAACAAACCUCACCAGAACGCAUACGCCAUGUCCACGUCAUACCCCCCUCCUCUGAACAACUGUACCCCCUCUCAGCCCCAAAAGCGCUACCCGGGCACCGACUCAGCCACGCCCGAGUACGACGCUCUCCAAGGCAACGGUACCUACGGGACACACAUGCAGGGCAGCCCCGUGUACGGAGGAUACAUGGAUUCUAUGCCCAACUCUGGGACAUCCGUUUUCGGCCUGAGCCACCUGCCUCACCCGCCGAAUAUGGACUAUAACGGAGCAAUCAGCAUGGGCAGCGGGCAGCACCAUGGCGUGUGCGAGCCAGCGCCCACGUACACAGACCUAACGCCGCACUACUCUCAGGGAAGAAUCCAGGAAGCGCCCAAACUGACGCAUCUGUAGCGAACAUGGCGCAGUCUGCUCACCCUACUCCCCCUGCCUCAGAUCACUCCGCCCCAUUGUCUCUAUCCGCCACCUCCAGACGCAUCACCACCGCUUUGUUUCCAUACGCCUCCUCAGUCCUCCUUGUUCUUCUAUGCUUCCACCUUUUGUUUCUGUCGCCAUAGUUCCAUGUGUGAAGUAGCGCUAGGAAAAAUAAUCACUACUUGCUUGAAUUCGGUCUUUAUUUGUUGUUGGCCAUUGUCAGAGCUCUGGGCUGUAGAGCGGUAGGUAGUGACUGGGUGGUUAGGUGUAGACUAGAUUUAGGGACAGGGAGGGGAGGGGGGCACAUAUAUUUAAUCUUUUUAUUUUCAAUCUUACAACAAACAGGGUAUUAUGAACAUGUGUUAUUCAUUUUAAUGUGAAAAUGUCAUAUUUUUAUUUAUCCGCAAUUGAAGAAUUGUGUUUUUGUUGCACUUGAGUUGGUAUUAUGAGGGUUUCCAUUGACAGACACGCUUCCUUCACUCGUGGACGAUAUAAGUUUAUUUAUUAUUUUUGUCCUUGUCAUGAUUUGACCGUUGGCAUUAUCUAGCCUCGUCCGCACCACUGCGUUUCUUCGAGGAGGUGCUUUCUUUGUAAUGUAAUAUCAAUCAGCCAUGCCAGAGUGGCGAAAAGAAGGACACAGGAUAGCAUUUUUGUUUUACUUUAUUGAAAACGAAGCAUCAUUCAUUUCUGCAGUUUAUUUUUCGAUGUAUUACAUUCCAUGCUGCUCUAAUUUGAAGAAAUAAA